GCUACGUACCCGCCGAGCAUUACGUUAUCAACGUUGGCUUAAGUUGGAACGCAUCUGAAAGCGCCCGCCGUUUCUUCUUUUCUCAUCAGAGAGCUUUUCCGAGCAGAGUAGCACGAGUGAACCGCUUUUUAAAUGUUGAAGUUGCAGCAUCUUCUACUUCUUCUCGCGUGUUCCGGAGUUGUUGCGAGGUGCGAGCGCACGUUCGGGUUAUUGUUUGAAGUGUUUCCGGAGGCUUAGGAGAAUCAGUUUUUAACGGGACGGUGUUUUUUUUUGGUCUGUGUGUUAUCGAACCCCUUUUUUUGUUGGCGAUUUUUUAGGAUGUGUUUGGGUGAUGCUGCUACCGGCACCACUCGCCUUUGAUCUACUGGAUGCAACCUUAUGUGUAAGUGAGAAAUUAAAACAACCAGGAAAGCUAGUUUUCUAUUUGUUUACUAUCAUGUUUUUGAUCGUGCGCGACUCCCAUGAGUUGGGUCCGUGCUAUCAAAAUUGCUUCGGACCUGUGACGAAAUUAAAAAUCUUCAAUCAAGCUUCCGGUGGGUUUCUACACGUCAAAGGCAGGACUGUUGUAGCGGCAAUCGAAGGAGAUGGUAUCAUAUAUAGGAUUUCGGCGGGACGAAAUUUCUACCUGUACGAUAUGAAAGCAGAAAAGUUUAUAUGUUGGAAAAAACUCCACAAAACAAAAGGACAGCGAAACAACAGAACGCAGAAAUUCUCUACGUCCUUAAUAGCGAGGAAAUUCAGCAACUACAACUGUCAAUUUAUGGAUAAAAUAGGCAAAGACACGAGAAGCGGGUACGUGAACCUAGUGCCGGCCUUCAACAGCAGCCUUAAAAUGAAAUUCAACAACAAAGGCAGAGACUCCCAGUUCCAGAAUUGCACGGCGUCCACCCAACGGACCAGGCAUGCGCACAAGUGGUGCUUCGUGCAGGCGAGUUUUCUAAUCCAGCGGUACAUAGACGAUAGGUACGACGACGACAGAGCCUGUAAGUGUCCAGAAGCGCGUCGGCAUUUUUGCCAAAGAAAAUUCGCGAAAAUGAAAGUAUUCGAAGACAUUUGCAGUCUAUCUAACGAAACUUAUGAUUUUUAGAGAAAAAGUAUUGUUUUUUUUUGUAAAAUAGUUGGUCAAAGUAGAAUGACGAUUCUAGCUGAUAAAAGUGUGUAAAAUUUAAUUGUAGAUGAUCCCUCGUAAGGAAUAUAGUUAAUUUUUUCAUUCACCCUCGUAUCGAAAUAUUUCUAUAUUCGAGUAAGGCUCUAUUUUAUAGUGAAUUUAUUUUUAUUAUUAGUAAUAGUAUUAAGCAUUAUUCAAAUAACAAAUUUAGGUCCCAAAUGUCUUCUUUUUUGUCUAAUAUGUACAGAAGAAAUGAGAUCAUUGGUCUUUCUCUCAAAUAAGCAAGACAUAGUAUACAUGAUAUAAAAAGCUUCUUUUCUUUCUAAUUUAUGUUUCAAAUUUCUGCUUCUUUUCGUCUAAUAGAAAUGCAAGACAAAAAUCAAUUAAAAGAUUCUUAAUUAAACCCUUUUAAAAUAAUUAUAUUAUUAAAUAAAAUUAAUAAAACUCGCUAAAAACUUCACAACGUUAAAAUAUAUUCUAAGAAGAACACAACUUGCCUUUUACACAAUUCUUCAGUAGCCAUACAUUUUAUUGACAGCUCUUUAGUGAUAAAAGUAGAAUUCUGUUCAACUUUUUUAAUAAAUUGAAUAUACCCUUUUUGAAUAUUUUGUUCAGCUUGUGCUUAUGCAUAACAUUAUUACUAAUAAUAAAAAUAAGGUCACUACAAAUGGACCCUAAGACUAGCGUGUGUAUAAUGUUAACUAUUGUGUUUGAAAAUUUUAAGGUUAAUGUUGAAAUUCAAAAUUAAAGCAUGAAAUUGUAAUACAUGCGUACAUAGUUUUUCAUUUAUAAUGAACUAUACAGGGUGUUUCUUAAUAACAUGCUAAUAUUUAAGGGGGUGAUUCUUGGACUUAUUUUAAGAAAAAUACUUCAUAUGAAUGUAUGUCCUAAACGUCUUAACAUUUAAGAUAUGGGUGUUAAAGUUUUAAGAGAAAAAUCAAUUUUCAUACGACUUUAAAUAUUUCCAUGAAAAUUUGUGUACGGCGUUUGUGCAUUAAAGAACAGUUUUUUACCUGAAAACUUUUUUAUUUCCAACAGUGGCGUCCGUAUUGGAGUCAGACAAGAUAUUUUGAAAGAAAAAGUAGUACACCACUGCUUCCUCUUGAACUAAUAAAUUAUUUUUGGAGUCCCCAAUCAAUUUAGGACAAAUUUAAUUUCUUGACAUUUAUCGUACGACUUACCGUUUUUGCAUUUGCAUCUCAUUGGACUAAUUACGAGAAAAAAAACUAUUAAUGUAACUUUGAACAAUAAUUUAUUUAAGAGGAUUGAAUUUUUGUGCGAAAACGGUCAAGAAAUUUAAAUUUGUUCUAAAUUAAACGGGGAGAGCAGUGGCGUACUACUUUUUCCUUAAAAAAUAUCUAGUCUAAGUCCAGUACGGACGCCACUGUUGAAAAUAAAAAAAUGUCUUUAGGUCAAAAAAAAUAUUUAAAGUGGUAUGAAAAUGACAAUAUUCAUAUGAAGUUUUCUUCUUAAAAUGGGUAAAAGAAUCACGACCUUAAAUAUUAGCACAUUAUUAAGAAACACCCUGUACAGUAACUGGUAGAAAAUUUAUUUAAAAUCUAGCAGCAUUAUUAGAAACAUUUAAAAAAAUAAUUAAAAUAUUAUCUUAUAAACAAAGUUUUGCAAAAUACCAUAUGGUCAAAUAUUCCUACUAGUUAAAUAGGGGUAAUAUAGUUGCAAUAUUAUUGAGAUAUAUGCACAAAUAAUAUUUUUCUACGCACAGAUUACAAAACAAAAAUGUAUGCUAUUGCCUUUAACUGAACGAAUAUAUUUCAUAUCCAUUUUAGGUAGUAAGAACACUGCAAGAAAAUGAAAUCCACCAAUCACAGUUUAUAUUUUGAUCAACCGACUGCUAUUAUUUUUAAAAUUUUAAAUAAGUGACAAUUCUGUCAAACUAAUUGUCAAUACAUUCUUUAGUUAUUGAGAUUAAACAUGCAUUAAAAUGGGUUAUUCUUGUGUAGAAUCAAUAAAUAGCAUUUAUUUUUUUAUUUCGUCUAUAAUUAUAAAUAAUUUAUUAAUUUAAAUAAAACUAUAUUAAGUAAAGUUAAUUGCGAGUAUUAAAGCAACAUAAAUAAAAGAAUAGGUGGUUCUGUGGUUAGCGUUCUUGACUUCCACGCGGAAGAUUGGAGUUCGAUUCUCGGAUGUGGAAAAAUGAAAUUAUCUUUUUUCUUUUUUUUUUUUCGUUUAUUUUAAAAAUUAUUAAAGGUCAUACAUUAUUUUAAAAUUAGUUAUUUUGUCUUAAUAACCUAAAAUAGUUUUUUAUUUGUAAAUUUUCGUUAGUGGGUCGUAGAAAAACUAUACUGUACAACUCGAGUGGAUUGUCUCCGCCUACGGCGUCGUGCUCAAAUUUCAUCUUCGUGCGAUAUGGCCAUUAUAUCCACUCUUGUUGCACAAACUACUAUUCUGCACAUUUUAUUUUAUCCUGCUUUUUUUAGCAAAAUAUUAAUAUUUUGAGUCCCUCAACCUGUGAUUGAAAUAUUUAUCAUUAUUAAAUAGUUGAAAACUAUUUCCUUCAAAUAUAAGAAAUAAAAAUAUAAGAAAUUUACAAUACUUGUAAAUAUUAAUAAAAAAUAUUUAUGAGAAAAAAGUGGUUAAAACAACAAUUAAUUUUUUUACGGUACUUGACUAGUCUGAUUAAUAAAUUUUUUAGCUCCAAAAUCCGUAAUUAAAAAUAUUUCUUAAUCAUUUUUUAUUAGGAAGAUAUAUAAUCAUCACGUAUAUAUAACUUGGUUUAUUGGUUUAUUUUUGUUUAACCAACAAUAAUGAAAUUAAAUACGACAUCCAUAUAUUUCAAAAUAGGUAUUUUAAGCCAAGUAGCAACAAAAACAUUGUAAAUUUUACUAGUUAUCAAGAAGGCCUUGUUUUCUUUUUUUCUUAAAAAUAUCGGUUUAGUAUUAGCUCUUCCAAAUUAAAUAUUAAAAAAUAAGGAUUCACUUUUUCAAUGUCCUGUAUUCAGACAUAUCUUGUUUACUAUUAACUAUAGAGAAAAAGUUUGAUAUAAUUUUUCCGCCAUUAUCAUUUCGAUUUAGGAAACGAAACAAUCGCAAUUGCAUUCCUUAUGUCAAAUUAAUAAAUUAUUAAUUAUCGAACUAUAUUACGUUAUUUUGAAACAGUAAAAUUAUGUGUGUAAUAAUCGCAUUAAAUCGUUUUAUGCGUUUUAAAAAUUUUGUUAAUUGGUUCAUAUUUUGAAAAUACAUCAAUAUUUUGUUGCAUAACAUAACUUUGCAGAUUCUUUUUUUAAUUUUCCUGUAGUACAAUUUUUUUCACGAUAGUCAGGGAAAAUUAUUCUAAAAAUUGGAAAAUUUGUUUAUGAAGUAAAGAAUUUAAUACAGCGGUUACCCACGCAUAUUUAAAAUCCAUAACUUUUUCUCAAUAAAAUUUGUUGAUAUCAACACAACAUUUUUUUUGUAUAUCUAAUAAUGAUAAUAAAGGGUUGGUAAUUUAUAAUGAAUAACCCUAAGCAUAAUUUUUCUGGAUCAUAUAUUGUUUAUAUUUUAGUCCAAGGAGAUUUAAUAACCUUGGGAACACUGUAAAAAUAAAAAGUGCCUACUAAAUUAGAAACUAGAUAUUUAUUUAAUUAUAUUUAGUUAUUUUUUGAAAAACGCAAAAGGAAAACUAAAUAACAAAAUAAAUAUCUUAAAAACAUUCUACAAACUGACAAAGACUCUAAAUUGUAAUAGUCCAAAUUGUAAUUACAUUUUUUUGAUGUCGCGUCAAACAAUUUAAAUAAAAUAUCUAAAUAUUUAAAACAGAGCUACUUUCAAUUCAUAAAAAUAUUAUGAUCUAUCGAUCAUAUGACAUUCUUGUAAAGGUAUCAAAUAUAUUCAGUAUGCUCUAUCUAGUCAAAAAAUAUUUAAAAUUAUUUCCGCAAAUUUCUCCAUUAUGGUCCAUUUUACAGAAAUCACGUAUAAAACAAAAAAUAUAUAGAGUGACAACGCAAACAAUUCAUAUUAACUCAUAAUAUAUAUACAGGGUGGCUCACGCUCAACGGGACGGAGCUUUAUGGGAAAACGACCAAAGAUAUAAAAAAUUCGUGUGGGAGGAAUACGUAGGUUACAGACGGCUACAAUUUAAAAUUUGUUAGAUGUAUACAGGAUGUCCCACAUAAGAGAAAAUAUACAAAGUUAUAUUAUUUUUAAUGGAACACCCUGUUUUUUAUUUUAGAAUUAAAAACUACAUCAAAAAUAAUGUCAGUUAACUAAAGGUUCCCUAUUACUAUUAUUAUUAGUUUUCGAUUUAUUUGAAUUUUUAAGGAAAAAAAGUCUCCCAGAAAUUAAUUGUUUACUCUUGUUUGAAUAAUUUUUAAUGAACUAAUUUUUUUUUCUUAUGUGGGACAUCCUGUAUACAUCUAACAAAUUUUAAAUUGUAGCCGUCUGUAACCUACGUAUUCCUCCCAAACGAAUUUUUUAUAUCUUUGGUAGUUUUCCCAUAAAGCUCCGUCCCGUUGAGCGUGAGCCACCCUGUAUAUUAAAUUAGAAAAAAUCCCCAUAAAGUAUCCUUCAGAUGAUGCGACUAUGCCCAAAAUACAAUAAUUUCAUCGCAGAACUUAAAAUUUGAUGUUUUUUGAGAUAUUUUUGAGAUAUCCUGGAUACAGACACAGAAAUCAUCGCGAAAAUGGCCAAAAGGUAUUCAGGGGACCCUACAACAUAAACAUACACAGAACACUCAAGGUCGAAAAAAUUAAAUUAAAAAAUUAUUUUUGAUCUUCAAAUGACUUUAUCAAAUUUUGGAUAAAAUUAUUAACUUCAGUAAAAAUUAAAUAUUAAAUAGUAUAUCUGGACAUCAGAGCUAAACAGUAUUAAGUCCACUUUUUUUCAUUUUUAAGUUUUUGGUUACUCCUACAUAAUUUUUCCUGCUCCUUCCAUUGGUGCUAAGUAUUAAGUUCUAUUAUUUUUAGUUUUCGAGAUAUAUUUUUAAAACCAAUAUUAAGUCCAAUUAAACAAACUGGCAGUCAAAAGUUUCAACAGGCUCUCCUGUAAAAUUUUGUAAAAUGGACUUAAUAUUCUUUGGCUCUAAGGUCCAGAUAUAGAAUGAAACUCUGGUACUUAUUUGUAAAAUACAUUUUUUAUUGAUCCUAUUUUUUUUGUAAAUAAACAUCACUGGUUUUAUUAUUAUUAAAUAAUAUAAAAGGGUGCUUUAAAAAAAGUGGCCCUGUUGCUAGGUUAGGUAACGUACUGAAAAAAUAAGUGGGGUUAUGUUAGUAAGAAAUUAUAUCAGCAUCUGGAUUCGCGAUACUGGGGGUUAAAAUUACAUUUGUGUAUUUUUUUCUUUAAUUUAUAAACACAUGCAGACACAAGUUACGACUUCAAAUGAGUACUGUCAAGAUUAAUCAUAACAAGAAAUUAUCCAGAGCCUAACAGUUUUACUUUCAUUUAACAAAUUACAGAGACUAAAAAGUUUCUAAACAAAACAUAAAUAUUCAUUUUGUAUUUUAUUUUCUACCAACAAAGAAAUCGCAAAAAGUUCAAGGGAAGAAAAGGUCGACUCUUGAAAAAAUAUCAACCUGUAGAUUAUCACAACCAUUGGGUCGCCCAAUGUUGUAAGCCUUACAGCAAGCCUGCACAACAUACGGCCCGCCAUUGUCGUUUUCUUGGCCCUUUGUCUCUUUGUCGCUUUGACUCUUUACCAAUUUGACCCUUUACUAAUUUGACCCUUUAUCAAUUUGGCCCUUUACCAAUUUGGCCCUUUGUCAAUUUGGUAUUUUACCAAUUUGACAAACUAUUCAUUUUUCAGUAACAAAAUUGCAUUAAGUGCCUGUUUUUUUUUAAGAAGACCUAUUUUGUAGCAACUGAUCCUUAAAAGUAUGAAAGCAAUAUUUUAUUAACAGUCUUUUCUGAAAAUUUUAGGAAAAAAGUAAUGGUAAAAAAUUUGAUAAAAUUUUUAAUUUAGUUUGUAUUUUACCAUGACUACAUAACUACGUUAAUUCUUAUUUCUGCUAAAUAUUUACAUGACGGAUAAUGGUCCAUUCUCUUCUAUUGCACGUAAUAUGGUUCUUACAAUGACAUGUGCCAUCAGUCUUUGGAUAGUAGCGAUGUCGACUUCCCGGAUUUUCUGGUAUAUUCUACACCUUAGUUGUUCCUCAUUUUGGACAUCCCAACCGCCACUUUUCUGCUCACUAUAAACCAAAAAUCUUCAAUGGGUCUCGCCUGAGGUACAUUUGGAGGGUUGUCGACAUUGGGAACAAAAUUAAUGCCAUUUUCUGCUAACCAGUCUGUCGUUCUUCUAGCGUAGUGGACGCUAAAUCAGGCCAGAAUAUUGUUUGGUCAUUGCGAUGAUGAGUAUCAAUAAAGUUUCGUAGCUUUGUAAGAUAUGUACCUAUGUAAAUGUCAGCAUUGAUGGCUUCACCACGAACACGUCUAACAUACGCCUGUGAAACAUUAUUCGAUAUGGCGCAGCACACCAAGAUUUUGUCCUUAUCUGUAUAGAACCCAUCAUUGCAUUUGAUCUCAUAAUUGGAUAAUAUGAAAUAAUGUUCAUCGUCAAUAACAAUAACUUUACCAGGAAAUUGAAUACGUCUUAAAGCACGGCAACAUCUCGGAAUUCUUUCCAACUGAUUGUCGCUAGAUUUUGGUGUUUUUCUUUGUUUUCGAUACUGAAUACCAUUUCUGUUUUUUUGCUGCUUCAAUUAAUCUUCGUUCAUUUGCUCGACUCAAAAGUUUAGGAAGUCUACUUUUUGGUAAAUUUGUGCAAGGUAUACCCUCCUCGCAUUCUUUUAUUGUCUAGUAGAUUGUCGAAACAGAUAUAUUUUGGCCCCUACACACUCUGACAAUAUCACGAUUAGGUACUCGUCCAAUCAACUGAUAAAUGCCUUUACGAAUAUCCAGGUGGUACGAUAUAUUAAAUAUUUUAACAUAAAUGACAUCAUAUUAAACUUUAAACACUUUGAUGCUAUUUGUUUCCAACGGUAACCUGAUGAGACGUUAUUCACUGUAGAUGCGUUUUAUUGUAAAAUUUUCCGAAAACUUUUGAGACAUACGUUUCACAGAUCAUUACUGGCCAAACUUUUAGUGGAUAAUUUAAUUUUACAAAUAUCCCCUAACAUCUUCAUCAUCACCACCGCGGGAAAAUUUAAAUCAAGCUAUACAUUGUUUAGAUAAUAUUUUAACAAUCGUACUUACAAGUUGUGAUAAAAUUUUAAUUCUUGAGGAUGUUAAUGUGGAUCUUUUUAACAGUACAAAUUCAUUAAUUUCGUGUUUUAAUGCCCAUAGCCUCACUCAAGUCAUAGACGAGCCUACAUACAUUACUGAUCACUCCUCUACAUUAAUAGAUCCAAUUUUUUUAAACUGUUCCAAUAAUUGCACAAGCCAUGGUACUAUAAAUGUUGAUCAUUUCACCGAUCACCAAAUGGUAUAUUGCGAUUUAUUAAUUGAUUAUAGUUAUCAGAAACAAAGAUUUUUAACUUAUAGAGAUUAUCAGAACUUUGAUUCUUCAGUUUUUGAGCAAUGCCUGCGCAGUAUUCAUUGGGAUAACCUUCUGUAUCUUAAUGAUAUUGAAAGUAAGGUACGCUAUUUAACAAAUGCAAUAUCUACAAUUUUCGAUGAACACGCUCCUUUUCGAACAGCUAGAAUAAGUAAACCUAAAGCACCUUGGUUAACUACUACAUUAAAACUCAUAUUUAAAGAACGAGAUACUGCCUUAAAAAAAUUCAAAUUAAAUAAAUCCACUAAAAACUGGAACAAUUACAAAAGACUUCGCAACUUUGCUUUGGCAUCCUUGAGACGAGAAUUAUCUGCGUAUCUAGAAUUUUACAAAGCGCUAAAAUAAUUGAAAAUUCAAUCGACAAAAAACAUCGAUUUACCUUCCUCACUUUCCAAUACCUUUAAAAUUAAUGAAUAUUUUUCCUCUGUGUUCCAAGACAGUAAUGAAAGAUGCUUGGAUUCAAUUUUAUUCUGCAGCAAUUCCAUUUUACUUUGCCGACCAUUGUUCUUCCGGGUAGAAUCUCUCUAAGCAAUUUUUUUUUGUAAACAUUGCUGUCUUUAUCGCCAAUAAUUUUUACAUAUUUAAUUUUUUUAUUUUUAUACUAUUACAGAAUUAUUUUAAUAUUAGUUCAGAUUCCUUGGAAGUCGACAUUUUUGAGUUACACCUAUCUGUAUAAAUAAAAAAUGAUUUUUUUAAGAUUAUGGACUAUUGACAAGAUUUUAUCUCGACAUAACCAUAUUUUUCUCCUAUUAUAACUAGCAUAAUAUCCAUACAUUCUUCAAAUUUCAAAAACCUUGUUUCAUAUCAUCAAAUAUCGAUUACACUUUGAUCGAAAUUAAUCGACGGUAAAUUUUUAUACGAGAUAGAAGACUCAAUCAAUUAAAAACGGACGACUAACAAUCAUAUAAAGAUGUUCUUCCAUCGUUCCUAAGAUAUUUUAAUUGACCUGUAUAUGUCUUCAUUUUCAAAUUACAUUUCUGGAAUUUAGAACUGGAUCUUAUAAGUUCAUGAAUUAAACAUGAUAUAAAACCACGAGAAAGCAGUUUCAAAUUGAUUAAGAUAUAGGUGGUCUAUACAGGGUAUUUUGGAUUUUAGAAUUUGGUUCACUUGAAACGUUAUUCUUUGAUAAAUAAAAUGGACAUUUAAAUUUUUUAAAUCUUCUAAAAUUAUAUAUAAGGAAUGUUUAACUCAAAUGGUUGUAUGAUUAGGGUACUCUUGAAUGGUGAUAUGUAAUUAAAAAUAUAAUAAUGAGAAAAUGAUGUGUUUGAGUUUUGACUCACCCAGUAUAGAUUUAUUGCGAAUUAAAAAAGUUGUGCAUCGGUAUAAAUUUUGACUAUCAUCGAAAAACAUACCGCAAAAAAAUUGAUUUUCAAUUGUUUCUUAUGCAGUAUAAAAUUUCUUCAUUAAUUCAUGACGCUUCAUGAAAAAAUUGAAAAUUUAUUUUGAAUAUCAACAUAUUACUUAAUUUUUUGUUCAUUGUGAAUUUGGCUUAUGGUUUAAAGAAUAACAAUACUGUCUAAGGUUUUUAACAAUAUACUUACGCUGAUCUAAAGAAAAAUCGUUUCGUUAUGGAAUUCUUUAUUAAAAAUCAUUUUAACAAAAAAUUAAUAUUUAUUUGGGACUGAUUUUGUGCUUCAAUCCCAAAUAAAAUAAAUUUUUAUGUGGGACUGAUUUUCUGCAUCAAACCAAGUAUUUUUAUGUAUGACUGUAAUUGUAUAUAAAUCCCUCAUAAAAUCAAUUUUUAUGUGGGACUGAUUUUGUGUAUUAAUCUCACAUAAAAUAAAAUUUUAUUAGGUAACAAUUUUGUGUAUCAAUCCCACAUAAAAUUAAUGUUUGAUUAAUUUUGAUUAAGUAAAUUUUAUGUGGAAAUGAUUUAGGGAAAAUUAAUUUAAUUUGGAAUUAAUUAAUACUGGUAUUGUAUUUUAUUCUCUCACCAAAAAUGGCACCAGUGACAUUUGAAUUAAGCUACUGGUAUGAAGGAUUUUAAUGUAUAUGAAUUGUAUAUGAAAACUUUAGAAAUAUUUGGAACGACUGUAAAUUGUUUUAAUAAAAAAGAACAGGGUGAAAGGAAAAUUGAAAAUGUAAAUUUUGUUAAAUAUUAUGUAUUAAAUACUCUUUAACUAAAUAGUCUACCCCAAUUGCGAUUUAUUUGUAUAGUCAUGCAAAAAAAACAUUUUACUUUGACCACACUAUAAAAUUUAUAUAUUAUAUACUGUAUGUAUUUGUACAAAUGUUGAAAAUCGUUUAUAUAUUAAUUUAUUUUUCUAUAAUUUAAUUUUUGUAUUAUUUUGUGAAUUUAUCAUCAUUUAGGUUAUUGAAUGUAAAAUGUACAGUAUUUUUAUUUUGACCCCCAUGGGGUUUUUCUUAACACAAUCUAACUUUUGUAUAUUAUUAUUUAUUUUUAUGAAUACGCAUGAUUUUGCACCUUAUUUGUCCAAAUAAUCCAUGUUUUAAUGGUAACUAAUAAAGAAACAAUAAUUGCGAAAUACCAAAUAAUGACUGAGGCCCCCCCUGAAAUUAUAGGUACAUUUUGAUAUUUAAAAAAAAAAACACACACACAGUUCGUCUUACUAAAAAGCGACACAAUUCAAAAAUGUACAACCCUUUGAACGAAAUAAUUCAAUAAAAUAUUUAGCAACGUUACCAGUUUUCGUUUUUAUCGCAGUUUUCAGGUAAAAAUUUACUUUUUCGAAUUGUGAUACUUUCUAGUAUGUUGAUCUGCAAUAUGUAUAUCUCUGUUGUUAAAUGUUAGCCUCAUUACUGUUAUAAAAGAUCUGUAGGCAUUGUCUUUAAUUUAUACAAUACAUUCCAACUCGUAUGCAUUUACAAUAAAAUUAUAAGAAACGAUA